AUGGAGACGUUUGAGGGCAUUUUGCAGGGUCUUUGGCAGGCACGUCCACCAGGUGUUUCAGGCUCUAAGGUUCAACGGCUUACGCAGAUUGCUGUUCAGAAUGUUAAGAGUGUUAUGGCUGCAGAACAUGAAAGAGGAGACAUCAUUGUCUUAGUUGUAUAUGCCUUAAUUAUCUCUACAUGUGCAGAAAUUCUGGUGUGUAUAUUGGGUGUUUUUAUUUGGAUUUAUUGGAUUGCAUCUGCUUCAACUUUUGAUUUUACGUAG